UAACAACUUGGUUAUAUGUAUUGCAUGCUUUUACACUUUCAAAGCAAUAUAGAAAAAUGUAUUCAAGCCUAGAUUCAAGCAGUUUUUUCCUCCGUUGAACAUUCUGAUUGCAAUGCAAACCAUUGCCGACCCAACGUCGGAAGCGGCGGCCUUUCGCAUGCUGAUCUGCUGGAUUGCCCGGAUUAUUGGAGCAUAGGAGUGACCCCUUAGUAUACGACCGAACUAUCAUUAGUGUGUAAGGACAGCAUGCGCCCGGAUAAUCGAGUUGAUCACAGGCCACUAUAGUGUGUUCUGUUAUAUGUAGUGAUGUUUGCGAUUUGUAAUUAUUGAAAAAUGAUUUACGAAAACAAUCAGUUUUUAUAUACAAUCCAACAAGAAAACAAAUAUUACAAAAACAUCAAAUAACGGAAUAAUAAAAUGGAAAAUUCUCGGUUUGGCCGUUUAAAAUUCGGCCUUUUGUGAAUCGGCCGUUUGUUGGCGGUUGUUUGUUUUAUCAAUUUUUUGUCUCUUAAAAUCGACUAUAUUUCUCUCUCAAGAAUCAGGAGAGCAAUGACGAAUUUAGGAGCGCUUGAAAUCUGAUAACAUUAUUCUUUGUCGAAUUUUGAGAUUUUUAUUUUACAACCACAUUUUCAUAACCUUACUGCAUGUCGCAAAGCCAGAAACUUCGCACAGCCUUACUAUUCGCCUAUUGUUACCAUAAAAAAUAAAGCAUUGUUUUGUGUUUGUUCAUGAAGACAGUCACCGCGGGAAACCAUACUCAGACACAAUGACGCUGUCCGCCCGCAGACGUCCAGCGUCUGCUGCUUUCGCAAACUACGAACAAAGACGGCGCCGUAAUCAACGGUUUGUGCGUUCCUUUUCGUCACAGCAUGCUGUACGUGAUUUGGUCCAACGUGAUAGCAACAAUAAUAACGUAAGUUUUGAAGAGAGAAAGCGGUAUCAGAUUGGGGCUUUCAUCUACAGAAAAAUAUCUGGCGCCCAACCCCUUGAAUCACAACUGUCCUUGCACGUGUUUGAGAAUCAUCGAGUGCAGGUUCGUCAUACGGAAAAGGAGAAUCAGGCAGUCAAACGACUUGCUGGCGAGUACUCAACUGUUGCUGUUGGUAAAAAAACAUUUAUCAACAGUUUCUAUAUGGUACAGAAAUACGUUCCGGUGCAUUAUUCCAGUUGUUGCUUAGGAGAGAAACAGUACCGAGUAAGUCUCAACUUUCAGCGAAAGUACGUUCCUAUGUUUGAACAUGAAUACCAACCCAUCGAGGAUAAAAACAAUUGUGAAAUGAAUACGUAUCGUUCCGUUGUUACUUUGAAUGUUUUGUGAAUGUUUAUUUUGAUGUAUGUCACUAGUUACAAUUGUAUGUGUUUAAUAAAAUAAUCGUUUAUUUCAUCAGAAGCUGGUGGCAACAAUGUGAA